AUGGCACGAUUGGUCGGCAACGUGAGGAAAUCCGAAGGAAGAGAGAACAACACCGAGAUCUCUGAUCUUGUGUUGAGGAUCGGGCGGGGGAGGGUUGAGGUGAGGAGAAUAGAGAACAAGAUCAAUAGGCAGGUGACCUUCUCCAAGAGGAAGGUCGGGCUGCUGAAGAAGGCCUACGAGCUCUCUGUCCUCUACGACAUCGAACUCUCCCUCAUCAUCUUCUCCAGCCGCGGCAAGCUCUUCGACUUCUCCACCGCCUCCAGAUACUGGAUUGGGAAGUGCAGAGAAUCAAGCAAGGUCAAGGAGUUGCUUCAUGUGGAGGAAUCAAAACUAGAGGAGGACGAGGAUCAGUUGGCACUCGAUUCUGUGCUUUAG